AUGAUAGAGGAACCCUCUGCCUUAUUAUCGGAAGUUGUAAAACCUCCGGUACCGCCAAAAAUUAACGACGGAGACUACGGAGACGAAGGAAAUUUAUACGAAAAUUUAUUAGAAUUAAAGAAAAUGUCUGCUAAUGACGCAGAGGCAAAGAGCCGCAGUGUAUUUGUAAUGAGACAUGGAGAAAGAAUAGACUUCACGUUUGGCACGUGGACGCCUUAUUGCUUUGAUGAAUCAGGACAGUACACUAGAAAAGAUCUCAAUAUGCCAAAGAAGUUACCUUAUAGAAGUGAAGGUGCUACCGGCUAUUUAAAAGAUUCGCCUGUCACAAACGUUGGAAUUUUACAAGCUACAUUGAUUGGCGAAUCAUUUAAAGAGAACAAUGUAGAAAUAGAAUACGCCUACAGUUCGCCGUCGUUUCGCUGCAUCCAAACCUGUGACGGUUUCCUUAGAGGCCUGGGUAAGAGGGAUCAAAUCAAGAUCCGUAUCGAGCCUGGUCUGUUCGAGUGGACGGUGUGGUAUAGCGAAGGAGUUCCGAAUUGGAUGACGAAGGAGGAACUGAUCCAAGGUGGUUACAACAUCGAUGAAACGUACAAGCCGUUUGUCGAAGAGAAGGAGCUCAAAGAGUCGAAAGAAAACUGCGAACAGUUCCAUUUGAGAAGUGCCUUCAUUACAAGAAGUGCACUAUCCGCUCAUUCAACGGGCAAUUUCCUCCUCGUAGGACACUCAGCUACUCUAGACACCUGUUCGCACGAAUUAGUAGGCAACAAAUCAAAAUCUGCAAGUGAUAUGAUCAAACUGAUCCAGAAGAUACCGUACUGUGGACUCAUCGAAAUCACGAAUAAUAGCGGUGAGUGGAAAAUCGUCGAACCACCUUGCCAGCCCAUAACUCAUUCAAAUAACCAACGGUUCGACUAUAAAUUAUUUUUAGAGUAA